AUGGAAUCACCAGAAAGUCGAACGGCGAAGCAGAAAGCUCAAGCACCACGACCGCGAUGGGUGCUGCAUCUGCAAGCAACCAUGUGGCGCUUCCUGAUGGGCCUGGGCAUGCUAUUUCACAAACUCGCGCCGCCACGACCACCGAAACCGAGCUUCACCCGGCAAAUACCAACAACCAUUUCCGGCACAAAGGGCACAGUGACGCUGUACUUCUACGUGCCGAGAGACUACGCGACGCAGAAGCAGCUGUGGAUGGACAAGCCAAACACCGUCAACCAGCACAUCCGGCGACGAAGCAUGAGUGGGCGGAGGUGGGGUGGUUACGCGGUGGUCAUCAACUUCCACGGCGGAGGCUUCACGCUUGGCACUGCGACGGACGAUGCGAGAUGGUGCGGCACAGUUGUGGAUGAGUGCAAUGCGGUGGUGGUGAGCGUCGACUACCGUCUGGCGCCCGAGUGCCCAUUUCCGACUGCUGUCGAAGACGGCGUGGAUGCUGUUCUAUGGAUGCAUGAGCACGCAGCAGAACUCGGCAUUGACCGGGAGAAGAUUGCCAUCUCCGGUUUUUCUUCUGGUGGCAAUAUGGCUUUCACUGUACCCCUCAGGUUGUACGACGAGCAGACGGGCUUUCUCCGCGACGAGCCGGAAGCCAAUCCCACAGAAUCCACUCCCCAGCAAGGCCAACGAUCCAAAAGACACAAACCCAACACCACCGUCACCAAAUCCCGCGACAUCCCCGACGUCCACAUCCGCGCCAUAAUCCCCUGGUACCCCUCCCUAGAUUACACCCGCACCCGCGAACAGCGCCGCGCAACCACCCUCCGCAAGGACCAAGAACUCCCCGCCCUCUUCACCGACCUCUUCGACGAAUCCUACCUGCACCCCCCUCACACCAUCGAACUCGACUCCCCCUACCUCAGCCCGGGCGUAGCGCCCACCGCACUACUCAAAAACGCCCUACCCGACGAAAUCAUAAUGAAUACGUGCGAGUGGGACAUGCUACUCGACGAGGGCGAGGCGUUCCGGAAACGCUUGACGAGUGAACCGUUGAACAAACAUGUCAACUAUCAUUUGAUCGAGGGCGUGCCGCAUGGCUGGGACAAGGCGCCGAAUCCGUGGAAGCCUACUCCUGGAGUUCGGGAGCAUUAUUUGAGGGUGUGUAAGGAGAUGAGGAGGGUGUUUGGCCCGCAGCCGGGGGUGGAUUUGAGGGAGCAUCCGACCAAGGCGGGGCCGAGCGCGGCGCCGAGGGGGAGUAUAUCUGUUGUUAGGUGA